AUGACCGACGCAAGCCUACAUAACGUUCCCAUCGUCAUAGAUAAUGGCAGCGGCACAAUACGAGCUGGAUUCGCUGGCGAAGAAAUCCCAUCAUGUUAUUUCCCCUCAUUCGUUGGCCGACCGAAACACCCGCGAGUGAUGGCAGGUGGACUGGAGGGUGAUGUUUUUAUUGGGCAAAAGGCACAAGAUUUGAGAGGACUUUUGAAGAUUCGAUACCCAUUAGAGCACGGUAUCGUCACCGAUUGGGAUGACAUGGAGAAAAUAUGGCACCACGUGUAUGAGAGCGAAUUGAAGACACUGCCUGAAGAACACCCAGUGCUCUUGACCGAGCCACCAUUGAAUCCAAGGAAGAACCGAGAUAUUGCUGCCCAGAUAAUGUUUGAGACGUUUAAUAUUCCCGCGCUUUACACGUCAAUUCAAGCCGUACUUUCGCUCUAUGCUUCGGGUCGAACGACUGGUGUGGUUUUGGACUCAGGAGAUGGUGUGUCACAUGCGGUGCCUGUGUAUGAGGGUUUUGCAGUGCCAAACAGUAUUCGAAGAAUUGAUGUUGCUGGACGGGAUGUGACGGAACAAAUGCAACUGCUGUUACGGAAGAAUGGUUAUGUUCUGCAUACAAGUGCUGAGAAGGAGGUGGUACGCAUGAUCAAAGAAAAAGUCUGCUACGUUUCAUUGGAUCCGAAAAAGGAAGAGAAGGAAUGGAUUAAUAGCUACCACAAAUCCGAGUCGAAAACCAUUGAAUACGUUCUUCCAGAUGGACAUAAAAUGAAGAUUGGCCAAGAACGUUAUCGUGCUCCUGAAAUUCUGUUCGAUCCCGAGAUUAUUGGUAUGGAGUAUCCUGGAGUUCACCAAAUUGUACAGGAUGCUAUCACACGUACCGAUCUCGACCUCCGCAAAGCUCUUUAUCUCAAUAUUGUUCUAUCUGGAGGCACAACCUUAUGCAAGAACUUCCCCGACCGUCUGAUGCGGGAGAUCAAGAAACUUGCCGUUGAAGAUAUGAAGAUUCGAAUUUCAGCGCCUGCAGAGCGUAAAUACACCACGUGGAUUGGAGGAGGUAUUUUGGCAGGUUUGAGCACGUUUAGAAAGAUGUGGGUGAGCGCUGAUGAAUGGCACGAGGACCCUGAGAUCAUACAUCGCAAGUUCGCAUAA